GUGUGUGGAGGUGUGUGUGUGCUGACGCUUUGUUUACACUGCUGCAGACGCUCUCCAGAUGAUGACCAACACCAGGUGAUAACAAGAAUGUAGGUGUGGUCGGUGUAGUAGUAGCUGGACUCGAACACACUAUAAUGCUCCCAGCUUCUGAUAUGCUUCCUCUUCACGAUGAAGCUGUCACUAUAGAACCACAGUAUGAUGGUGUCAUCAUGUUGAGUCCUGAGGCUGUGUUGUUCAGUGAUGCAAAGCCCCGUCCUGAUGGUAGCAAAGUCUACCAUGUGUUUGAGCGGACUCUUGGAGAUCCACCACGAGAUGAAGCAACACAAAGUGAGGAUUUCCAGUCCAGAAGAGAGCAGCUAUUCUCACAGGCACAUGAAAACACACUUCAUGAUAUACAGCAGGUCCUGGCAGAAAGUGGUCUGGUGAACCAAGAGUGGUGUGAGAGCAGUGGUGUUGGUGAGGCUGCUGAUAGUACUACUACUUUUCCAACUCAUAAUGCUGCCACUACCUAUCAGAUGGAGGACUCCAGCUUCCAUGUCUCAGCGGGACAAACCCUAGCAAAUAACCAUCGGUCGUGUUUAACAAGACAACAACGGUUAGCACCAUGCAGGCUUCAUCAGUUUGAAAUGGUUUUUCCAAUGGAGCAAAAACGUCGACUUCUGAAACGCUUAAGGCGCAAGGGAAUGGGGUAUGUAGAAUUUGAACCUGAAAACCACCGUAUCAAUAUCAAAACUCGGAAAUCUGUAAAUACAAUUUUAUCUGUACUUCGUGGAGUAGAUCCAAAUGCUCGACACUUGGGAACAUAUCGGGAAACUUUACUAGAAGAAACUGUAGAUGCAGAGUCAAGUGAGAUUGUGGAAGAUUUAUAGGAGUGGGAAAGGUGCUAGUGUUAGAGAUAUUGGUGUUGGCAAGCUACAAGGUCAUCAGUGCUAUCAUAUUUAGAAGGACAUCCAAUAUUUUGUAGACUGUUUUGUCCAGUUUCAAGAUCAUUGUUCUCAUAAUGCUCAGUCUGAGAUCAAAGCCUAAACUUGUGUUCAAAAAAUCCAUUUUAACCUUAUGGUAUACUGGAAGCACCUAGAUAUAUAGUAAAUAUAUUUAUAUACAAUAUAUAAUAUAUAUAAUAUGAUAUAUAUAUAAUAUAUAUAAUAUAAUAUAUAUAAUAUACUAUAAUAUAUUUACAUACAUAUACAUACACAUACAGUAUUAAUUCAACAUAUGAUAAUCUAUAAUAAGAGAAAAAUAUUUUGUUUUAAAGUGCUUGGUCAAUUUACAUCAUGGAUAAGUACUGUAAGAGCAGAAGAGUUAAAGAAUGCACUGAGAAUGUGAUGGAUAAAUAGAGAUCUUGGAAAUUAUGGACAAAACAGAAAGUUUUGUUGCUGAAAGUGGAAGGUGCAUUACUGAUAGUUGGAAAUGUGUUGUUGUAGGCUUACUGCAGAAGGUGGUAUAGCAUGAAUGCAGGCGAUAUUGUUAAUAGUAUGAAUAGACUUUCAUGUUGGUUCCAUUUAUGAAAAACAUAUGCAUUUGCAUUAAUCUAAUGGCCAGUGUUGAAAAUUUAUUCUCAUAAGCAAUUUAUAGUCAUUGUAUAAAUACAGAUUUGUUAAUUUUUUACUAAUAAUUUAUACUAUACAUAUAUUAGAAAAGAUGAUCUAUUUAUGUUAUUACAUAUAUACAAGCUUAUAUAAUUUAAUUUAAAGCAUUAGAUAUUGAGGUUAGAAUCUUGUUUUUUCAGUGCUACUUAUAAGAAUAGCAGAGCUUUCUAAACUAUUUUGAAUACUCAGGUGGUUUAAUUUUUUGGAAGAAAGCAUUUAUGUAGUGUUUUAUUAAUUAAGAUUGAUCACACCUUCACAGUCAGUUUAAUUUUCUGGGUAUGGCCAGAGCUACAGGGUACCUAAAAAUCUCAUGUUUUAGUGAUCUCUUAGUCAUGUCACUCUUCUAUUUUGGAUUCACUGAGCAGUGUUGAAAGCACAUGUCUUUUACAGGUAUACUUAAAUUCUGAGGCUGUCAGGAAAGCUGGGCUUCUGAUAUUAUCUACUCGAUACAUUUAGUAAAACUUUCUUCUUUGCUCAAUUUUAACAAAGCUAUUUAAAAGAAGUCUUAAACUUUUUUCUUCAGCCCUUAAAUUUAGUGACAUUUAAGCCACAAAAUAAUUCAUAUCUCACACCUUCAUUUUUUUUUUUUAACUUCACAGUCAGUCGUAAAAGUAGUAAAUGUGCCACAUACCCAGCUGCUCUAUGGUGGAAAACUCACUAUAACUACUUCACUCCUAAUACUGUCAAUUGCAUGAACUUUUAUCUCCUCUUGCUCAAAAGGAAUUACAUCCCAUUCACAUUGGCAGACUCAUAUAAAACAUCUUGUUUAGUAAAUAUUAGUGUCUGACACUGUCCAUGCUUAAGUGACAGCACAAACUUCUCUGUAAAGUCACUUCCCAAUAAUUUAACCAUUGUAUUAUAAAUAUAUAUAUUUUUUUUUUUUUGGUUUAUUAUAAGUAUUGAAGAUACUGAACUAUUAUUCAGGGAUAUUCAUCUAGUUUACUCGAGUAUCUUCCUUCUGUACAUAUACUAUUAUAGCCAUAAAGGGCCACGUGCAGAAAAUGUUUUGUAUUCAUGAAGUGUAUGCUUCAACUUAGUCAUGUAAUUGUAAGUAGUGUGGUCACUAUAUUAACUAGUCCAUUUUUUUUGUUUUUUUUGUUGGUUGUUGUUGUUUAUCAUCAAGAGUGAAAAGAAGUCAUUACCUUAAGCAUCUCUUGCCAGUUCCAGAGCUUUGUCAAGACUGGAGUUAUUUGGUUUUGCUAACAUAAUAAAUAUUUAAUUUGUUAGAUAAGCAUAUCACUCAAAUUUCUCGUAUCUCUCUAACCUUGUUAUAACUGUUCCACAUACUUGAAAUUUCAUCUUAUGUUGUACAGAUCAUCCUAACCAGUUAUAUAGUUUGGUAUUUAUUUAAGAAUAUUUCUAGAGUGGUUUUGUUACAUAUGCAGUUUUAGUCUUUACUAUUACAUUUUUACUGCAAAUCUUUUCAUAAUGAUUAUUUUGUUCUCAUGACAGUAUUCAGGAAAAUGUUCAUCAAUACAGGUGUCCCUCGCUUUAUGUGAUAGAUACAUUCCUGGCCCUUGUGAAAUAAAACAAAAGCUCAAGAAACAAACUCGAUUUGAUAAGUAAAAAACAGGAACAUGUUUCAAGAGCUAUGAUAUAGUAAAUCUGCAUUCUACAUACUGUGCUUAUUUCUAGUUCUUCAUUUCCUGUACACUCAAGCAGUUGAAAUUUGUCACCAUUGAACAUGGUAUUUUCAUUUGCCAGUUAACAUCCUUUUUUGAUAUCUGUUUUGUAGUUUUUCUGUAUCUACCUGAGGCUCGGCUUCUCCAAAGAACACCGAAUACUCUUUCUUAUAAUAAUUUGCAUUUCUGAUAUAAACAAUACAUUUCAAGAAUCAGGCCAGGUGCUGCAUAUGUGGGUCUGUUGUAUAUUUCUCUUUCAAAAUCUGAAGGAUUGGUUGAAUUUAUGAAAAACUAUCUGCAAACAGUUAAUGUGCUUCCUGAAUAAACUUACCAAUUGCCAGUUUUAAAAAAUUCAGUCUUAAGUGGCAGAGGUGUGUGCAGAUCCUGCACUCAUAUUAGCAGAGAACUGAGUUAAGGACCCAGUCCUUGACUGUCAAUUGUUUUCUAAAAUUUCGUACUCAGACCAUGCACGAGCUUAGAGUGUCCAAGGGGAUUGUCAAGGGUGACCAGUAUAAUAAAUGCUAAUUGAGACUCGCUUCCUCUACCUUCACCACAAAAUGUUUUACGAACUAAUCUUGAAAAACUUGGUCUGUCACCCAUUCCUUCAUUUACAGUUCAGUUUUCUUGUAUCAUGUUCUUAUUUAGUCCUCUCAUUGCACAUGGAUUGAAGGAGUGGUUGACUAACAGUAUCGUACAUAUUGAAUAUUUCCUGUAGUUUUGCUAUGUAGUAGGACACUCAUCUUGUCCUUCGCUGCCUUGAGCCCACAUGCAACCUCUCCUCCUUGGAAAUGUAUAUUGUAGAUGGCAUCCUCUUAAAAAAAAAAAAAAAAACCAUUUCAUCUGCAUUGAAAAUGUACUUAGGACUGUAGCCCUUGGCAGCUGUGAUUGCUUUAAGGUUCUUAGGAAGCAUUGCAGCAGCAACAUGAUCAGCACCUGCAGAUUCUUCAGUCACCUUCAUGUGCAAGUUUUGAUGAAGAACUCUUUAGGAUUACAUUCAUUUUCUAGCAGGAAGAAAAGAAUCUUACAGCAGUGUUUCACCUGUAUGUAUAACAAGCACAGUUAGGUGAGUGGCGAGACAGUGAAGUCACGUUGUGGGUGGAGUAUGCAAUGGGGACAUUGUAAUAUUACCAAUCCUCGUGUGCAUUGGUGUGCUGUUGGUGAUCUCUUUAUGUAAAAAGAGGUUUGGCUAAACCAAAAGCUUUUUGAUUUGUUGGAUAGUAUCCUGUGUAAAUAUCAAGCAGUGUCCAGACAUCCGUGUUGUAUUUUUUCUUUUUGAUGACCAGCUGGGCAUCAUUCUAGGAUCUCAUUCUUGUCUUUAUAUGUGAUGCAGGUGUAGUUAGUGUUGUGAGUCCGGUAUAUAGAUGCUCCUGUAGUCUUGCAUGUUGGCAGAGGGAAGUCUCUCUUAUGUAUUUCUGGUUGCAGCUACUGCAUGAUAUGCUGCAGAUUUGUUAUCACACAGACUUCAGUAAUGCUGGUGUCUGUAAUGUACCAUUUGUUAGCUGUGACCAGAAAUAUGUGGGAGAGAAUUUCUAGAGCCUAGAAAUCCUACAUGCAUAUAGGAACACCUAUAUGCAUGUAGGAUUCACAACACUAAUAACCAGUUUCACAUAAAGACAGGACAGCACACACGAUCUCCUGGAUUGAUACCCAGUUGGUCAUCAAGGAGACAAAACACAAUGAAGAUGUCUGGACACUGCUUGGUAUUUUCACAGGAUGCUAUCCAACAGAAUCAAAUUACUUUCAGUUUAACUAAACCUCGAUUCAGAUUUUUUUUUUUUUUUCAACAAGUCGGCCGCCUCCCAUCGAGGCAGGGUGACCUAAAAAGAAAGAAAAUCCCCAAAAAAGAAAAUACUUUCAUCAUCAUUCAACACUUUCACCUCACUCACACAUAAUCACUGUUUUUGCAGAAGUGCUCAGAACACAACAGUUUAGAAGCAUAUACGGAUAAAAAUACACAACAUAUCCCUCCAAACUGCUAACAUCCCAAAACCCCUCCUUUAGAGUGCAGGCAUUGUACUUCCCAUUUCCAGGACUCAAGUCUGGCUAUAUAAAAACAACUGAUUUCCCUGAAUCCCUUCACUAAAUAUUACCCUGCUCACACUUCAACAGAUCAUCAGGUCCCAAAUACCAUUCGUCUCCAUUCACUCCUAUCGAACACGCUCAUGCAUGCCUGCUGGAAGUCCAAGCCCCUCGCCCACAAAACCUCCCUUACCCCUUCCUCCCAACCUUUUUGAGGACCACCCCUACCCUGCCUUCCUUCUCCUACAGAUUUAAAUGCUCUCCAUGUCAUUCUACUUUCAUCCAUUCUCUCUAAAUGACCAAACCACCUCAACAACCCCUCUUCAGCCCUCUGACUAAUACUUAUAUUAACUCCACACCUUCUCCUAAUUUCCACACUCCAAAUUUUCUGCAUAAUAUUUACACCACACAUUGCCCUUAGACAGGACAUCUCCACUGCCUCCAACCGCCUCCUUGCUGCUGCAUUCACAACCCAAGCUUCACACCCAUAUAAGAGUGUUGGUACUACUAUACUUUCAUACAUUCCCUUCUUUGCCUCCAUAGAUAACGUUUUUUGACUCCACAUAUACCUCAGCUCACCACUCACCUUUUUUCCUUCAUCAAUUCAAUGAUUAACCUCAUCCUUCAUAAAUCCAUCCGCCAACACGUCAACUCCCAAGUAUCUGAAAACAUUCACAUCUUCCAUGCUCCUCUUCCCCAAUUUGAUAUCCAAUUUUUCUUUAUCUAAAUCAUUUGAUACCCUCAUCACCUUACUCUUUUCUAUGUUCACUUUCAACUUUCUACCUUUACACACACUCCCAAACUCAUCCACUAACCUUUGCAAUUUUUCUUUAGAAUCUCCCAUAAGCACAGUAUCAUCAGCAAAAAUGUCAAUUCCCAUUUUGUAUUUGAUUCCCCAUAAUUUAAUCCCACCCCUUUCCCGAACACCCUAGCAUUUACUUCUUUUACAACCCCAUCUAUAAAUAUAUUAAACAACCAUGGUGACAUUACACAUCCCUGUCUAAGACCUACUUUUACCGGGAAGUAGUCUCCCUCUCUUCUACACACCCUAACCUGAGCCUCACUAUCCUCAUAAAAACUCUUUACAGCAUUUAGUAACUUACCACCUAUUCCAUAUACAGUGGACCCCCGCAUAACAAUCACCUCCGAAUGCGACCAAUUAUGUAAGUGUAUUUAUGUAAGUGCGUUUGUACGUGUAUGUUUGGGGGUCUGAAAUGGACUAAUCUACUUCACAAUAUUCCUUAUGGGAACAAAUUCGGUCAGUACUGGCACCUGAACAUACUUCUGGAGUGAAAAAAUAUCGUUAACCGGGGGUCCACUGUACUUGCAACAUCUGCCACAUUGCUCCCCUAUCCACUCUAUCAUAUGCCUUUUCUAAAUCCAUAAAUGCAAUAAAAACUUCCCUACCUUUAUCUAAAUACUGUUCACAUAUAUGCUUCAAUGUAAACACUUGAUCUACACAUCCCCUACCCACUCUGAAACCUCCUUGCUCAUCCGCAAUCCUACAUUCUGUCUUACCUCUAAUUCUUGCAAUAAUAACCCUACCGUACACUUUUCCUGGUAUACUCAAUAAACUUAUUCCUCUAUAAUUUUUACGAUCUCUUUUGUCCCCCUUCCCUUUAUAUAAAAGGACUAUACAUGCUCUCUUCCAAUCCCUAGGUACCUUCCCCUCUUUCAUACAUUUAUUAAACAAAAGUACCAACCACUCCAACACUAUAUCCCCCCCUGCUUUUAACACUUCUGUUAUGAUCCCAUCUGUUCCAGCUGCUUUACCCCCUUUCAUUCUACGUAAUGCCUCACGUACCUCCCCACACUUACAUUCUGCUCUUCUUCACUCCUAAAAGAUGGUAUACCUCCCUAGCCAGUGCAUGAAAUUACCGCCUCCCUUUCUUCCUUAACAUUUAAAAGUUCCUGAAAAUAUUCUCGCCAUCUACCUAAUACCUCCCUCUCCCCAUCCACUAACUCCCCUACUCUGUUUUUAACUGACAAAUCCAUACAUUCCCUAGGCUUUCUUAACUUGUUUAACUCCAAAAUUUUUUCUUAUUUUCAUUAAAAUUUCUAUUCCAUAAAUAGGUCAUGAACAGUGCACACACCAGCACACACAAAGACCGGUUGUCUUCCUGCAAUGCCCCACCUCACAUUUCGCCCACCUGAUUUCAUUACCCGCCCACUCUGAUUGUGCUUGUCAAAAAUAUGCUUAUUGUAGACUUCUCUAUGUUGACUGAUGUUUUUUCUACAGGCAAAACAUCUCAGUAGAGUUCCUCUCUGCACACUGUGUCCAUCUUUUCCACUUGUUAGCCUUGCACCAUUUACCUCCAUUGUAGUGGACAGUUAUAAAUUCUCAGGGUCUUACCCCUGAUUGCAGCAGAGCAAAGAUUCUUUUUAUUUCUCUGGUUCUGGUUAUCCAUCAACUGCCAACAUUUUCUCCAGCUUCUUCAAUGACAGAUUUCUUAUUCUGGUUAAUUCUGUAGCAUCAAGGGGUGUAGACUGCAUUGCAGAGCUCCAAAUGCUUGCAGUAUAUUUUUAAUGGCACAAACAAUUGACUGUCAAACUUUGAAUGCACUCCCAUGCAUAGGUGGCCCCCUGACCAGCAUGAAAACAAUCUUUAGCUUCUUCUCUAGUGUUAGUAAAGUCCUUUUGUGUAUCUUUGAUAAGUCAGAGACAUGGUUAGAAUAUGAUUUAAUAAGACCCUAAGAAGCCAUAAUGGAUAUUACAACUGCAGAUGCACAAGAAAAAUCUCUAAAGUAGCUGUGAUGUGAACACUGCCAUAACCAGUGUGACACUGUGUUGUGAUUUGGUGGCUAGUCAUGGCUUUCACAAUGCCCCAUGCACAGCACUGCAGGCAAUGCACACAAUAUCCACCCACUCCCAUCACAUAGUAGUGAAUUUAUACCAUACUGCAAAUUGCUGGUAGAAAUAGGGUCACCGCAUAAAGCGAGGGGGAAACCUGAAUAGUGUAUCAUGACUCACGAAAUCGUAAUGACAUGAUUGCAGACAAACCAUACCACAGGCGGGGCUUGAACCCACAGUAGAGAGUCGUAAAACCCCAGAUCGAUGCGUUAGCUACUAGGCCAGCUGGCUACAAUAAGAUUCGUCCAACUAGGUAGUAUAUUUAUCUGCCAAAGGAAGGUUAACAUAGGCACCACUGUGACCACAAGUGCAAGUUUUUACAGACGAAUCUCCCGACAGCAUGGCCGUGACAAACUCUAGCUCAAGUCCCCUCAAAUUCUUCAUCACAAAAUCGUGAGUUAUGAUGACGGCUUUGAGGGGACUUGAGCUAGAGUUCGUCAUGGCCACACUAGCAGGAGAUUCAUCCGUAAAAGCUUGCAUUUGCGGUGUAUAAAUAUAUACCUAGUUGGACGGAUCUUAUUGUAACCAGCUGGCCUAGUGGCUAACGCGUUGGUCUGGAGUUUUACGACUCUCUACUGUGGAUUCAAGCCCCACCCGUGGUAUCUUUUAAAUUCAGUAUACAUACAUACAUGGGUGUGUGUGUGUGUGUGUGUGUGUGUGUGUGUUGAUGUAUGCAAAUAAUUGAAAACUUGCAAUAAAUGCACACCAACAAUGCCAUGAGGGGAAGUCAGUAGCAGCUCAAGGCCUUUCAUGUUGCCUCCAGUGCUUUUUUUCAGUAGCUUGCAAUAUGAGGAAAUUGUAAAAUAAAGUCGUAAAUCCAGAGAUCAGCUAGCAAGGUGUGACUAGGGCUAACACCGCCACCAUAGCAGUUGUAAAUUUUCAGGACCUUAUCCCUGAUUGCAGCUGAGCAAAGAUUUAUUUUCUCUGGUUCUGCUCUUUCACUUACACUGCCAGGAUUUUCUCUAGCUUCUACAAUAACAUGUCUCAUAUUGUGGUUUUGUAGCAUUAAAGGAUGUAGACUGCAUUACACAGCUAAUGCUUACAGCACUCCUUUUAACGGAACAAAUGAUUAACUCACAAACAUUGAGUGCACUCCCACACAUGGCUCUUCACAAGCAGCAGAAAAAACGCAAAUACACGCACGCACGCAUGCCGGCGUGUGCACGCAACUGGGCGGUAUUAGCCUUGGUUACAUCAUCUUGGUAGAUCUCAGGGUUUACCACCUCAUUUUCAAAUUUCCUCAUAUUGCAGGAUCCUGAAGAGGCACUGGAGAUGGUGUGAAAGGCCUUAAGCUGCUAUUGGUCUUUCCUCAUAGCUUUGUUGGUGUGCAUUCAUUUCUGGUUUCCAAUUACAGUGGAACCUCGAUUUACGAGUGUCCCAACAUACAAGUUUUUCGAGAUACAAGCCAUCUCUCGGUCAAUUUUUUGCUGAGUUACGAGCCAACAACCGAGUUAUGAGCAAGCUUCCUGCUCAACCCACAACCCACGCACCUCGCUUGUUUAUCUAUGAUUUCAUGCUUUAAUUCCAUGGAAAUCAUCCUCUUUUACUUUUCAGCACUGUCCUUUGCACUUACAUAGUUUCUUAGAACCCAUGGUUAGAAAAAAGAAAUUUGGCCACAUAACUGUAAAAAAUGGAAACAAAGCACGAGAGAAAUGCUUCCACUGCUCAGCGGAUGUUUUGGCAUUCGCUGUGCCAACAAGUGGCGGUGUUCUGAAGUUCAUUAUUAUUAUUAAUUUAGGAAACUGAAGCUCACUCAUUAUUAUUAUUAUUAUAAUUAUUAUUAUUA